AGUAAUAUUUGAAUCCAUAAAGAUGCAGAUGGGUUCAUAAAUCAGCCAGAUCCAAUUCAGGUCUCAUCCUCAGCACUUUGCAAAGCACCCCGUCUUUCUUCCCCAGGUACAUAUUCAAAAAACAAGACCAUGUGAAGGGAGUCAAUGGGAGGCUUUCGAGAGCAAAACCGCAAGCGCUCGAGUCUGGAGCGGAGUUUAAGAGUAAUGUGUAGGGGCUGAGGCUGGAGACACAGCACCAGGUUCAAUCAGAAAAUCCUGCACGCCACGGACUCCCAGCGCGGGGGAGCGGCGGGUCUCCGCGCCCCGGUGGACUGCCUGGAGGAGGCGGCCUGCAGAAAGCCUCCCCUUCCAGAGGACACCGACCCCCACAGCCGCCCGGCGCUGGGAAGGGCGGAGGCUGCCGCCACUGAGGCGGGCCGAACGUUAAGGCCGCCUCUCUGAAAACCCAACGAGCGCGCCGUUAACUGGCGGCCAAAAGUUCCUCUCCGCCCGCGAUGCGCGAAGGUAGCGCAGCAACCGCUAGAUCACAGCGCUAUUGCCCGCGACCUCAACCUUCUACAUCCCAGGCUACCUCCCGCCCGCGGAGGAGGACCUAGCGCACAGGUGCACCAAUCGAAAUGUAGACGCGGAAAGACGUUCGCCAUAGGGACCAAUAGAAAGGUGGUGCGUAAGAAGCUAGCCUAAUUGAAGAAGCUGUGAUUGUACUUCAUAUUGGAAGUAGAACCUGGAGACGAGAUUUUCCUGCUUAAGUAGUUUUGAUGGCACAGAGAAGAAGGUCCUACAGUAUAGGGGAAGCAAUGGAAGAACUCUUGGGGCCUGAUGGACAAAAAUGGGCCAAUAUGGAUCAAGAAGAACGAAUGUUAGCAGCUGCUACAGCUUUUACUCGUAUUUGUGCAGGGCAGGGUGAGGGAGAUGUCAGGAGAGAAGCCCAGUCUAUCCAAUAUGAUCCCUACAGUAAAGCUUCAGUAACCCCUGGGACACAGUGUGCUCUUCAUGUGCAACCACAGUACCCACACGUGGAGAGUACUGUCACUUCAGAAACAGUCUCAGAGUCUUCCCACAGACUCCGAAAGCCAGUGAUGAAGAGAAAGGUGUUGCGUAGGAAGCCAGGUGGGGAAGUAUUAGUGACUGACGAGUCGAUUAUGAGUGAAUCAGAGUCUGGUACAGAAAGUGAUAUGGAUCUCUGGGACUUAAGACAAAGGCUGAUGAGUCUGCAUUUCCAGGAAGACAGGGAAUCCCCAGUUGAUAAUUCACAAAAAUUUCACCUACCACGUGAAUACCAAGGAAUUUCUCAAGAUCAGCUCAUUUGCUAUCUACAAAGAGAAGGCAUGGGCCCCCCGGCUUAUGAACAAGACCUGAUUGUUGCCAGCCGACCCAAGUCUUUUAUUCUCCCAAGGCUGGACCAAUUAAGCCGGAAUCGGGGCAAGGUAGACCGGGUAGCCCGAUACUUUGAGUACAAACGAGACUGGGACUCAAUGCGGUUACCUGGUGAAGAUCAUAGGAAGGAAUUACGUUGGGGUGUCCGAGAGCAGAUGCUUUGUCGAGAACCCCAACUGAAGCCUCAUCACAUAUAUGUUCCAAACAAUUAUCUAGUACCAACUGAGAAGAAAAGAUCUGCACUUCGAUGGGGUGUUCGUUGUGACCUUGCAAAUGGUGUGAUGCCCAGGAAGCUUCCCUUUCCUCUUUCUCCUUCUUAAGUCUUUUUUUUUUUUUCCUUUCCCCUAAACCUGUCUCUCACAGUUUUGUUUGGGAUAAACUGAUUCUUUAUAGCUCACCUUUUAUUUAAAUAGAAACAACUCAGAAGCCUAUGGAACAUUAUAAAGACUUCACUCAUCGUUGGUUUUUCGUAGGUAUAUGUCACAUUGGUAUCAGAUACCUCAACUUCCAAUAGCCACUCUCAAAUCCAGCAAUUGCAAGAGAAAUGCCAGAGAAAAAUAGAACUAUUAAAAUUUGCCAAAUUAGUAAGCAAAAUCACUAAGUACUGUGUGUUCUGUAACCUUUUUACCUUGGCCAGUGUGAGUUGCUGUUUUUAUUAGUGUGUUUUUAAAGUUGCUGGGCAUUAAGCUUAUUAAAGGAUUUUGGAAAUUCAUAGACUUGACCUUAUUUUAACUUAAAUACUUCUCAUGGUAUGCUGAUAUCAAAACUGGCUUAUGAUUCUGCUUCAAUCAUACUCCUCUCCAUACUCUGACCACCUAAAGAACAAAAGCCAAAGGAACAAACCUGUUCUUUAUACCUCACUAACUAAAGAAAGGUAACAGCACAGAUACUGAAAGAAUA